UUUGCAGCCCCCCCCCCCUGCCCUGCAUCAUCACUGUUUGCAGUGCAUGCGCUGGCUGGCUGGCGUGCGUGGGCGGACGUGCAUGCACGCACGCGAGCGAGCAACAGAUCCCGAGCGCAUGCGCAGUUCAUUGUUUUGACUGAAAAUGCCGUCGGUUUCGAAAACGGCGGCCAAUGCGUCUCCUCAAACCGAGAAACCUACCCACUAUACAUACUUGAAGGAGUUCAGGACAGAGCAGUGCCCGUUGUUCCUCCAGCACAAGUGUACGCAGCACAGACCCUUUACGUGCUUUCAUUGGCAUUUUCUCAACCAGCGGAGGAGGAGACCCAUCAGGAGAAGAGACGGGACGUUUAACUACAGCCCCGACGUGUACUGCACCAAAUACGACGAGACCACAGGCAUCUGCCCAGAUGGAGACGACUGUCCUUAUUUACACCGAACCACUGGUGACACAGAGCGCAAGUACCAUCUACGCUAUUACAAGACUGGCACUUGUAUCCAUGAGACAGACGCUCGAGGGCAUUGUGUGAAGAAUGGUCUCCACUGUGCUUUUGCUCACGGGCCACAUGAUCUCCGACCUCCAGUCUAUGAUAUCAGAGAGAUUCAAGCACAAGAGGCCCUUCAAAAUGGACAGUUGGGAUCUGGGGAAGGUAUUCCUGAUCUGCAGCCCGGUGUAUUAGCCAGCCAAGCUAUGAUCGAGAAAACUUUGACAGAAGACCCCCGGUGGCAAGAUACCAACUUUGUUUUAGCCAACUAUAAAACAGAUCAGUGUACUAAGCCCCCAAGACUAUGCAGACAGGGCUACGCGUGCCCCCACUACCACAACAGUAGAGAUCGAAGACGAAAUCCUAGAAAGUUCAAAUAUCGGUCAACUCCUUGCCCUAAUGUGAAACAUGGGGAUGAAUGGGGCGAACCCUCAAAGUGUGACAGUGGAGACAGUUGCCAGUAUUGUCACUCUCGCACUGAACAGCAGUUUCACCCAGAGAUCUACAAAUCUACCAAAUGCAAUGAUAUGCGACAAACUGGAUACUGUCCCAGAGGACCGUUUUGUGCAUUCGCACAUGUAGAAAGAAUUCCCUCUACAGAAGAGACCAUGAGCUCAUUGCUAACAGUGAUACAGUCAAGUUCCCAGUCUCAGCUGGGCUCCCAGCAGUAUUCAGAGUGUCCAGUCAGUGAGUGGAACAGUGGAGGCAACUCCACCACCAGCGCAACCAGUAGCAACGGACAAGUAGGAAGUGUUUCAUGUUCUAAUAGCUCGACUGUAACUCCAUGCUCAGGAAGCGACAGUUUGUUAUCCCCAGUGGGGUCCAUCAGCAGGCCCAAAUCCUUAACUAACAGUAGUUUAUGUUCAGAGUCCACCACAUCCAGUGUCUCAUCUCUGACGUCUAACUAUCCUAGAGCUCCGGGCUUUGAACGUGAGGAUCAGAUUAAAAACAAGGGGCACAUGGAUCAGAAAUUGAUGGACCAAGAAAAACAGACACAAAAUACUGUAUUCUCUGCGGUGAACCCUUUGGCAUCGAGCUUUACCUCCAGUAUAACAUCCAGCUUGGCCUCCAGUAUUGGCUCAGAUAGUUCUUCACCCACCACCUUAUCAACAAUGAAUGCAAAAGCCACCCCUUUCUAUCCAGGGAGCAACACAGUGGAGUCUGUCAUAGGAUCCGCUCUGGACCUCAACUUCAGUGACAUUAAUGUUGCAUCUCUUGAGAAGGACUUAGAGGAGCAAGAAAACAGUGUAGGAUUGGCAAGUCAAAGGGUGCUGGGUGGAUCUGCUCCAGUUAACAUUCCCGGCUCCCUGGCACGAUCGUCCUCUUUUAAUUCCUCGUCAUCGCUCUCCACCUCGCCGCUGAGCUCCCUCUCUCAGUCUCUGUCGCAGUCCCUGCUGUCUGGGACGGUAUCGCAGCAAAAUCAACCUUCAAACAUGUUAGCCAAGCAUGAGCACGGCCUCCUGGGAACACCCACCUCCUCUUCCCAGAAUUCUUUGGGCUUGAAUGGAGGGGCUAGCAGCAUUUGGGACUUUGUAAGUGGCAGCUUUUCACCGAGUCCAUCUCCAGUUUUCAGCAGCCUAGCCUCUGCAACCAGCAGUGCUGAUCUGGCCCGCCUUUUUAGAGAUCUGGACGAGGCCAAGAGGAAGAUCAAACAAUGGGAGGAGGCCUGGCAUCAGGUCAAACAGGCCUGUGAAGCUUGCCAGAAAGAUGCUCACGAAGCAAAGGAACAAGCAAAAACGGCCGAGGCGGAUCGGCAGCUGGCAGAACAGAAAUGGGAGGAAACCGAGCGCAAGCUGAAAGAGCUCCAAGGGGACUUUGAUGUGCUUUGUCGCACCCCUGGAGCACCUCUUCUACGUAGCUAUGGAGAGCUGGACGAGCUCCCCUUGUCAAAGCUUCACUCCAUCCAGAGUCAGCUGCGUAAUGACCUAGACCUUAUAGACGGGGUAAUAUAUCAGCUUCAGUCAAAGAAAUGUAUAGUUUGCCAAAAGCAUGAUCGUUGCAUUGUUCUGCAGCCUUGCCAACAUUAUGUACUGUGUGAGAACUGUGCACCUAGUAAAACAGAAUGUCCCUACUGUAGAACAAAAAUAUUGAAGUGGUGAUGUACAAUUACUCGAGGUACUAUUUAAAGAAUUAGCCCUUUGAAAAACUACUAAUAGAUAUUACAUUUUCUAAAUAGCAAUGUCUGUUUCAUACAGUGAUUAAAUUAAUUUAGAAUACAAUGAUGUUUGACUGACAAAACAAAUAGUAUUAUGAAUCAGACUGUGCAUUCAAUCAUUCUAGUUUUUGCUCAUUUUAUGUGCACAUCACUUUGUUCAACCAGAUAGCUUUCCCUAUGAAAAGCCACGCACUCAAAUUAGAAUAUUAAAUUACACUGUGAUGCCCUUUCUCAAAUCAUGGACAUAAAUCUUGUGUCCAGAUAUAUACAUUUUUUUUUUUUACACUUUGUCAUUAAUACACUUUGGCUAAUAUGCAUUGUCAACCUUGCUCUUAUAGUAAAUACAAAAUUACAGAUUUUUAAAAAGUUGCAAACAAGACCAGUAGACUUUGGUUCAAAGCUUUAAACACAAAGACAUUAAUGGGUGUGAGUUUGUAUUUCUGCCCUCACGUUUGGCUGUUUUUGGAUUGGAAUUACUUCACUGCACUUGGGAAUAAUUGUGGAUAAAUCUUUGAUCUCUUUACUUAAUGCACUUAAAGUCCACCCAGCGCAAAUUUGUAAGCAUUUCAAUCCCAACGUUUCAGAAAAUAUUGUGGAAAUGUGUAUUAAGUCAAAAGGUUUUAGUAAAUUUGUUAUAUCGCUCAGAUUCUUGUAUUUGAAGAAAGAAAACUUGCUCACUGUAACUUUAAUAUUAUGUCUUAUCUGAAAAAUUGUAGUUUUAAAAUAACUCACUUUCUCAUAAUGUAAAUCUUUAGGUAAUUUUCAGUCAUUCCGAUGGUGGGAAAAGUGUGAUAAAUAAAGUGUCCUUUGUAAUAAUAUCAAGGGGAGUUGUCCUGUAGCCCACUGACCUCCAGAGAGGAAUGGAAAAUGAAAAUGUCCUUAAUCUCUCACAAUGAUACAGAAAUAUAGACAAUGCCAUUGUUGAUAUUUUACCACAAUACCUGGUGCCAUAGGCAUUCAAAAGCUAAGAAAUCACUGUGUAAAUGUUCGAAAUGUACUGCCAGGAAAGUUCACUCUUUCAGUCCGGUGAUGUUGAAACAUAAAAUGGGCAAAACUCAAAGCUGAUUUUUCUGUAGUUAAAGAGGAAUACAAGACAAUAGAACUUUUGGAAGCAAAUCAAGAAACCAAACAUCCAAGAACCUGAAUGUGACUGAUACUUAAUUAGGAAAUCAUAUUUUUGUUUUGACCUCAUUUGUCUGAAAUCCCAGUAAUAAAAGAGUGUGUGUGCUCGUACCAUUUACAGAGCGUGGAGCGUAGAAAUGGGUCGCUGAUUAACAUCACUGAACCAGAAAGGGCUUGAACGUUUAGAAGCUCCACGCUCUGAAGAAUUAAUACACACUUGCAUUCAACCAUUGACCAAAGUGCUGUCCAACAAUAGAGACUGAAUAUGCAGAUUUGUAAAAUGUUUCACAUCCACUGAGGUAUUAGUGCUGAACCAGACGCAGUAAAUCAGACUUACCAAUGAAACAACAAAACACAUGACACAUUUUGUGUUCCUCUUUAAGUCAAUUUUCUUUAACAUUUUUAAUGCAACCAGUCAAGCAUCAUUAUUUUGACCAACUCUCUGAAGAAGUUUGAUUUCUUAUUAAAGCACUUUGUUGACCUGGGACUUUAUUAAAGGGUAUAUAGAAUUUGUUUUGCUUUAAGCUGCUUUGUAGGUAUUCUUUUGUGUCUUUUUUUUUUAGAUUUAUAAUUUUUUUUUUCUAUAUAAGCUAAUGUCUGAAGUUUCUUGUGUGUACUGUGAAACAUAAUUUGGAUAUUUCAUGUUUCCUAUUGUUAAAUCAUGGCAUGGUUCUACAUAUUAUUAAGAUUUCAUAGAAAAGUACUCGAUAGUUUCUACUUUCAUAGUUAGAUUUAUAAAAUUUCAAUCAAAUAAGUGCAAAUUUAAAAUGCAUUUUAGGCAUAACCAGCAGCUGUAAUAUCAGUAAGGCACAUGCUACAUGUUAAGGCUGUUAUUCAAUCAGUUAGUUUUGUUUGUUUUGUAGAGAUUUCUAUAGUCUAGCAUAUUAGAGAAGCAUGUAUUGUAUUUGCUAAAAGCCUGAGAUGGUGAUUUUUGUAGGAAUCUAGUCUCUCGACCUUGUCUAGAACAUAUCGGCCUCUAACUCUAAAGUGCCUUGUUUUAGUUCAAAAGGGUUAUGUGUAGAAUUGUCAGAGCAAAACACAAGUAGUUGAAGCUUGUGCACAGGUUUCUGCAUAACGUGUCUUGUUUAACUUUGCAGAAGCAUUGACAUGUGUAUGACUAGAGUAUGUGUAUAUAUAAAUAUAUGCCAGUGCAUUUGGCCCAAUCCCAUUAAGUAUUUCCGCGGAAGAUAAUUGAAAAACAAACAUUGUCAGUGCCUGUGUCCUGACUUCAACCUUAGAAACUUACCCACCCACUCAUUCCUUGGUCGUGGUGCUCUUUUGGUGCAGCUUCAGUCUUUGAAAUUAGGUUUUUCAAUUCAACGUUUGGGAGUAUGCAAACAGGACAGAUGAAUUUGUAUAGCAACAAUAUAAAAAUGCUUUUGAAACAGUUCAGUGACUUUAAUUUUGUUUUGUUGUAAUAAUUCUGCAGUGAAUGAAGAAUUCCAUAGUUAACUUGUAAGUUGGAUAGUGCUUGUAGGUUCUUCUAAUUGAAAUGACCUUCUACUGUGUUUAAAAAAAACAAAAAACCUUUUUAUUCUUGCGUUAAAUUCAAUAGAAAAUCAUUUAUCUCCAGGUACACUUUUUUGCUACUUCUAAAUAUGGGAAAUGCAUUGUUUACAUUCACAUAAAUGACAAUUAAGCAACUCAGAGGAAAAUAAUCAAGAAAGGUAUUUGAGCGUUUUCAUGAUCUCAUUAUAUUACAGCAUAAAAGGCAGGCUAAACACUUCUGGUAUUGCAUGUUAUGCGAUAUAUUAACCAGCUACAACAACAACAAAAAAUAGAAAAAAAAAAGUUUGCACUGUGUCACACUGCCAGAAUAUUUGUAUUGACUUCUUUUAAGUGUAGUAAAGGCUUAAUCACUUCUGCAAGCUUCGCUGCUACUGGAAAAAGGUAUUAAUGUAAUUUCUUGUUAUACAUUUAGAUGUUUGAAUGUUGUUGUGCAUCCACAGCUGAGAUUUCAGAAACUAUGAAACAAUCUGCAUCUAAGUUGACUAAAUCUUAUUUGAAUUAUUGAUUUGUAAAUCCGUUUGAGUCAAAGUUUCAGUACUUUUGUAUAUCGCUAAGAAUGAUGUCACAGACCUGUGCCGCUGUAGAUUGUCCCUUUUUUUAAAAAAAAUUGAUUGAAGGUAAAUGUAUUUUUGUUGGAUUUCUUCCCCUCCCCCCCCCCCAUACAAUGGGUAAGGCAGCAGUGUGCGGUACAGCUAAUUUCACAGGGUCUGGUUUGGUCUAUUUUGUUUUGCCUGUGAAGCCAACUAAAUUGAUGAUGUCUAGUGUGGAAAUCUAAAAAUCAACCAAAGUGGUGUUCUAGUAGCUGUCCAAAUAUGUAUUCUAACCUUGAACAGAAUUCAAAUCAUUUCUGAGGUUACAGAUCAGCCUGUAGUUGUGAACAGCGCCGGGUCUGGCCCAAAGUUAUAAAGAGCAGUCGGAGCACCAAGGCCAUCCAGAUGAAAACUGAGACAGCAUUGUGAGCUUUUGGAUGGAUUUUUGCUUUAAUAUUUCAUUGAGUAGGACAUAUAUCCUCGUAGUGAGUAAACGACAGGACUAUGCCAAUGGCUUUUUGCUUACAACAUUAAUGGACUUGAGCCCAUUUUUUGCAGUUUUACCAAAGACCUGAACUGUUGUUAUUUCUUUUGUACUACAUUUCAUCAUUCACUUUUAUUUCAGUAAGUAAAUUGAUUUAAAAAAAAAAAAAAAAAAGUAAUCACCUAGUACCUUAAAUAGAUAAUGUUCAUUAACAGUAAUUAAUGGCAUCUUUUUUCUAUCUAAAGUUAGUGAGUUGAUGCAGAAAUGAUCAAAAAUGCAUGGGUCAGAUCCUUACAAAAAUGUGUAUUUGUAUAUUUGAUUUAGUGUUAAGUAUACAUUGACGUUUAUGGCAGGUUUGUGCAAUACUGGCGAGCACAUGCCGACCUUACAGUGAGGAUUCAGUGUCAGUUUAAUUGUUGUCUACAGUGAAGGAAUGUCAAAGACAUUUGUGCUUCUGAAGUGGCCAUAUAAACUUUUCUUUGUUGAUUUUGCUUAACUACAUAAUCUCAAUCACUUUGGAAAUUGGUGGUUAUGCAUUAUAUGCUGUUAUGGUUGGUAGGCCUACGGUGACUGUACGGUGCUUUCUUUCUUUCUUUCUUUCUAUCUGACUCUUUGUUUUCUAGUUCUUAAAGCCGUGGUCCAAAUUAAUUUUUGUUUUUAAAAUGACGGGACAGAUGAUGAUUGUGACAAACGUUAAUGGCAGAUACAGACAUAAUUAAAACCGAGUUGUCGUUAUGAUAAUUUGUUGUUGGUCUCUCUAGUGGUCUACUCGCCCCAAUUCAAGUUUUCUAGAAAAGAAAUGAAACCUUCACUUGAUAAGCACAGCUUCCAUUUCUUUAGAUUUGUUGAAGUUAUCUCUAACGGACCAAUUACACUUUCAAGUACAUCUGUGCCUUUAAUAAUUUACAUAAUGUUGAUUGGUAACAAGAGAAUAUGUCUCUGAGACUGUGUUUGCUCUCAGUCAGAUGACAAAAUAUAAUUAGAAUCAAAAUUCCAGUGCCUUACAAUCUUUUUGUGGACCACAAUGUGACGGCUAAAUGAUCCUCUGGAUUCAGGCCACUUGAGCUGAAAGGAAAAAGGCUGAUUUAAUGCUUCAACGGGAGGAAGCGAAGGUUCUAACUGACUGGUAAUCGUUUAUCUCAGUCUGUAUUUGCCAUACCAUUAAAACAAAACACAGCAAUACUUAACCAUUGAAUACACAAUUUUGAUCUCAAAAUUAGUCAUUUGGCACCAAAAACUCAAUUGUUUGUAAGGAAAAGCACCAAAUAGGAAGACUCUUGUAAAUGAACUGUAAUAGAUGUAUCAUUAUGCUCUGCAUUGGAAUAGUUUAAUCUAUUUUGCAUUAUUGUUAGUUGUUGUGUUGUCUUUUUGUUUUUUAAUAUUAUGAAAAAUGGAGCCUGAAGAUUUAUGCAAUCUUGUACAUGUAUAUGAGUAUGGUGUAUGGAGCUGUUCAAAUUAAGUAAAAUACUAGCACAACAAAAGUGUUGUCAAAAGUAAAUAAUCUGGAACCAGCUGUUCCACAUACUUUAGAACAUUUCAGUAGA